AUGAGCCACACGGCUGCAACACGAGAGAACCUUUGGACUUUGGCAUUUCAUUCUUUACCAUCUGAAACCAAGGAAGACCUCGAGAAAUAUCUAAACGAGAAGGCUAUUGAGACCGUCGACACAACCCUCAGGGCUGUCCGAGACAAACAAAUAGUCUGUUUGCAAAAGCGUUGGACCAUCAAGACUAAGGCCGGAAAAAGACUCAUUGUUCGUGAUAUUCUCGACAAGGUCGCAUUCUGGCUCAACAGAUUUAAGGAGGUUGGUGACAUUGCUGUUCAGUAUGACCCCACUCAUGCUUCACUGCCGUGGGCUGGCGUACGGGUUUUGCUCCAAGCUUCCAUCAACGAUCUACAAACAUUCAUCUCGGUUGCGCAAGGGCUAGAAACUUUGGCACGCAUCACCACUCGAUACUCUAUCCUAGAGAACAUUUAUCUACCCUCGACUGGACAAGCGCUUUCUUCGGCACAGUCAAAACUCUGUGAUGCUUUAGUAGCGCUUUACUCAGAGUCUUUAAAGUACCUCGAUGACAUUGGAAAAUAUUACGAGAGAUCGACAACCAAGCGUAUUGCUCGAAGCUUUUUUGACCCCUCGGACUCUGUAGAAACCUUUCUGAAAGGCAUUUCUACGAAGGAGGCGGAGGUGGAAAAGAUCGCCCAAACCGUUCAAACAGAGAUAUUGAAAGAGAAAUCUGAUCAAUUGGGACGAUCUCUUAAAGUAUUUCAAGAUGAAGGACGCUCAUCUGUUGAAUCUUUGAAGAAUCUUUUCCACUCACUUGAAGCACCACUGAUUCGCCUCAGUGACCCGCUUGUGCAGUUUCAAGAGUCAUUGGAUCUGCAAGAGCGGCGCAAGUUUCUCAUGUGGCUUUCAAAUGAAAACUAUACACUACAACACGAGUCUACAUACAAGGAAGUUGUUCCGGGCACCGCACAUUGGAUCUUAUCUAACAAGCAUUAUCAAUCGUGGCAAGAAUCAAGCGCGUGUUCAACGCUUUGGGUCCACGGGAUUCCAGGUUGUGGGAAGACUCAACUUGCCUCCGUCAUUAUUCAGCAACACUUGGAUUCCAUACUGCAAAAUACUUGCAGUGCGCCUGUUGCCUACAUCUACUGCUCGAAUACGAAAACCAGCUUGUCCUCUCUUUCCUCCGCUGCAAUCCUUCGAAAUGUCGUCAAGCAGCUCGCAGUCACCCAGCAGGGACAGAAAGUGCGACAAGAAAUAUGGGAUGAGUUCAAGAAGAGACAGAAAGCUGCAGAUAUAGAUGGGCUUGAUCCAUUACCUCUCACAGUAGAUGAAUGUAUCCAAAUGUUGCUUGAACUGACUCUCGACUGCCCGGCAACUAUCAUCAUCGAUGGUCUUGACGAGUUAGUUGGAAAUCAACUGGAUAUUCUGACAAGUCUUCGAACCCUAGCAAGUGAAUCAUCCAGUCUUAUCAAGAUCAUGAUCUCCAGUCGCGAAGAUACGCAUAUCGCACAAGAACUGCACGACGCGAUUUCACUCCCUGUCACUGUUUGCCAGAACUCAGAAGAUAUCAAGGUCUUCGUCCGGCAUUCGGUCAGCUCAGCGAUCACCAAUCGAAAGCUCCUAGGAGGAAGCGUCUCAAAAUCCCUCAGUGACCAUCUGGUUGAAAGUCUGUAUCAAGGGGCAAGGGGGAUGUUUCUUUGGCCUGCAAUGCAACUGCAAUAUCUUUGCGAUCGCGGAAAGUUCAAACUUGAGGAAGAUAUCAUCGAGGCAUUAAAAACUCUCCCACCUAGUCUGAUUAGCACAUUUGACAAUCUCUAUGCACGGAUCAAUCUCUUCGAGCACCAUGCCAAGACGAUGGUGAUGCGCAUCUUCGCUUGGCUCAUAGCAAAAGAGAGAGACCUUUCUGCCUCAGAGCUGUUAACAGCUAUAUCUUCCAACGGAAAAGUUGAUGAUUCAGUAUCUGGCACCAUCGAUGCUCAGCUCGUACUUGACUUAUGCUGCAAUUUCGUCAUUUUCGACCACAAUUUGAAACGAUUUUCCUUCAUCCAUGCAUCUGUCCUUGAAUAUCUCCAAGCUCUUCCGGAAUACUCUGUUUCGAAUACCAACUCCAUCGCGGCUAAGCGCACUGAGGAUGAAACCGACAGCCUUGAAAGCCCCGAGAGCUUCCGAGAUUAUGCCAUUUCCUAUUGGGCUUAUCAUUACUUGAAAGUUGUUGAAAUACACCCCAAAGCCGAUUUGGACAAUGCUCUGAAACAAUUUUUGUCACCGGAAGAGUCAAUGAAUUUCCGCUUUUGGCUCGACGACGUGAAGGAUCAAAUAGCGGCCAAUAAGCCAAACCCGACCCAACUCAAGGAGCUCAAUGCGAUGCUAAAUAACCAAUACUCACCCUUGUUCAUGGCCUGUGUAUACGGUCUACCGUUCAUUCUAGAGUCCAUUGAAGCUGAGGCAUUACGGGCCGGGAAAUCUAUGGACUUUAACAUGAAGAAUAGCCAUGGAGCAUCUGCUCUGUACGUGGGUGCCAGGUAUGGACGUCUCGAAGCUGUGCGGUUUCUCCUCGGCCGCGGCGCGAAUCCAGAUGCCCCCGGUGGCUUCUUUGGCAAUCCACUCCAAGCAGCCGCAUUCCAGGGGCAUCAGGACAUUGUCAGUCUCCUUAUCCAGAGAAAGGCGGAUCUGUUUGCGCCGGGCAAAUUUUCCAGCGCACUUGAUGCUGCUUUGGCAGCUUGA